GCAUAGGCGAGCUAUCGAGAUUGCUGAACGUCACAUGAUUACAAACCUUCACACUGUGGAUUAUCACGAGGCGGACGAUCGGCCGAAAGUGAUACGCAAAUACGGCAUUUGGGAUCGAUUUUUGCAGUUGGCAAUUGAUUUUUGAAAACUCAUACAAAGCGACGGACAUCAUUUUGUACAGACAAUUUCAUCAGUUAGGAUGAAGAUCUGCGGGCCUAAGUACGCCUUGUGCGGUCUAGUGUUGUCGGUUUGGGGCAUAUUCCAACUGCUUUUUAUGGGAAUAUUCUUCUACAUCCGAAGUGUAGCAUUGGUGGAGGACAUUCCAUUAGAAGGCAAUUUCACUACAGUAGAACAAUUCUAUGAUGUCGUGGAUCGAGGUUAUACACAGAAUGCAUAUAACUGCUGGAUUGCUGCAUGCAUCUAUGUCCUCACUUUCCUGUUCUCAGGUCAUCAGUUUUAUCUCAAUUCCAGAUCAUCUUUAAGUGUAUAAGCAAAUAACUAACAGAUGUUACAACAAUGCUAAUGAGCAUUUGUAAUAAUGUAUAUCUAGAGAACAUCCGAGUUUGAAAUUUUUAUUUUAAAACUGUAACCAAUAAAAUUGUUAUAUAUACAGUAUGAUCACUUAUAUAUACAAUUUAUCCUACAAUCGAGUUGUUCUUCAAAAGUAUGAUAUAUAACUUAAGGUGCAUUCAACUUAAUGCUCAUAAUGCUUUCAGAUUCAUUUCAUUUUUAUUGUUCAUUAAAUGUUAAAUAGGAGCAAACGAUGAUUGUGAGCAUUGUGUUAAAUGGAACGCAUCCCUAAAUGAAAUAUCUGAGUUCCCAAGUGUUUUUUAUAAGCACAAAAGGGAAGAUGUAUUUUCUGUCACAUAUGUGUAUAUCAUAUUUCCAUAAGUCAGUGUAUAAUAUUAUAUAUCAGUAUAGCUGAAACAACAAAAUAGAUGUAAGAAAAUUAUGAUAGAGAAAAUUCGUAAAAAUAAUUUCAUUGCAAUAUUGAAAUUUAUUUUAUUUAUGGGUUAUAAUUGUAUACUACAGUCAAGUUUAAAUUACUUAUAUUCUGCUUAUAUUGUUACAUAUAUUAUUAUGAUUUAAUAAAUUAUUAUGAUAGUAUUAUUAUGAUAGUAUUUAUUCUUUCAGUUACAUAAAUUGGGAUCUAUACUGUGUAUAUUAAUUAAAAUUUCUUUUUUAAAAUUUUUGCUCUAGAAAAAAAAUAACAUAUGUGUUAUAUUGCAUUUACAUUUGUUGAGUGGGAAAUUACAACAUCAAUAUUGUAUAAUAAUUAUGUUGUUGAAUGAAAAAUUAUAAUAUUAUUGCUAGUGGGUGUUUACUGGAUCGAUUCUUCCCUCUCUCUUUCUUGCUUCAUACGAUGAAAUUUUAGCAUAGCUGAAAAGAGCAUAACCUUGUGUUCUGAAAAGUACGAUAGAAAUUUAAAUCUAAAGAGCGCAGACAAAAUUCUCCGAUUACAUUAUCAUACAUAUUCGUUUAUAAUGAUAAAGAUGUGUAGGCAUGUGAAAAUGAGUCACAUGAUUGCUCGUGCUUGUCAAAAUAAUGAGGUCAUAAGCAGGUACACAGUGACAUAACAUGACGCUCGCGAGACGGCAAUUGACAGGUUAAGUUGUCUGUUUCUUCGAUCUUGAAUUCCAUCUGAAUACCAUUGACUUCAGUAAAAGGAAAAUAAGCCGAUAAAAGCUCGUGUAACACCGUAAUAU